AUGAGAGAAUUAGGUGGGGAAGGGCCACUGCAAGUUUUUAUUUUGUUAAUAUGGUCGACAGUAUUAAUACAUGGUUUAAUACAAUCCAACGGUGCCAAAGAAGAAGAUUUGUAUUACCAAAAAGACUAUUUUCUAAGAUUGCAAGCAGAAAAUAAACUUCAACAUAACUAUGCGAUGAAGUACCCUUACCCGCCCAAAAUGGAUAAAAUACCGAACGUUAACUUAAACUUCCAAAAUCCUUUCCAGGACUACGGACCAACUCUUGGUUGGAGCAGAAAACAGUAUUACAACUACAAAGCGUGUGACAUGUUUAAUAACUGCGAAAUAAGGAAAGUUAAUUGUAUGGAAUGUCCGGACCCUUUGCAUCAAAGUUUUAGACUUUACGAUGUUGAAAGGCGAUGCAUUAAAUGCUACCAACAAACCUACUUAUCGUGAUUUUGAGAAUUUAUUUGUUUUUAAGUACGGUUUAUUUCACGUCAAAUUUUUAUUCAAAAUUUAAAUUUGGCUGGAAUAUCUUGUUUAUAGUACAAACAAAAUUUAAAAAAAAAAAUUAUUAUUAUAUUGUGC